UGAAGGAGCGCCGGUCCAAGUUCCGUAUGUCAGGCUCAUAUUGGGAUGCAAGGAAGGCCACCGUUCUUGUCGGCAAGGCAAUGCAGAUCAGUGGCAUGCUCACCGAUGUCGAUGAAGGCAACGGGCUCAUGUUUGGGCCAACGGAACAAAAGGCUUCGGUCAACACGGAAUCGCCUUCAUCAGGAGAAGCUAGCUUCUUUACCGGCAGAUGUACCAUGAAAAAGAAGCCAGAAAGCACCCAUCCCCCUUGCCAUUGAAUCCAACAACACAGCCAUCCGCCCUUCCCCUACCAGUAAAUUCUUCAACGACAACGGAAGAAGAAGACCCUAACGACGCCAUAUACACCUGGGUCGACAGCAUCCCCCUCUCGCGCCCGAAACGAAAUACACAACGGGAUUUCAGUGAUGGCGUGGCAACAGCGGAGGUGAUACACCACUACAUCCCGAAACGGGUGGAUUUGCACAACUACCCCCCGGCAAACGGAGUCAAGCAAAAGUUGUACAAUUGGGCUACAUUAGAUCAAAACAGGAUCCCUGCAUCCCUCCGCGACGAUGAUAAUUGUACCAUCCAUUGAUAACGACAUAAUUCCCUUAUUUACGUCACGGCUUGGGACACGUCCCUGGGUAAGCUAGCUGCAGUGUCUCCUCCGUCAGUGUCUCUGCAGUCCUCCGUCGUAAGAAUA